UGAUGGCGGCGGCGGCGGCGGCGGCGGCGGCGGCGGCGCCUGUGUCCGAGGCCUGGCCCGAGUUGGAGCUGGCGGAGCGCGAACGGCGGCGCGAGCUCCUGCUGACCGGGCCUGGGCUGGAAGAGCGGGUGCGGGCGGCGGGCGGGCGGCUACCGCCGCGGCUUUUUACGCUGCCGCUGCUGCACUACCUGGAGGUGAGCGGCUGCGGCAGCUUGCGCGCGCCGGGGCCGGGCUUGGCGCAGGGCCUGCCUCAGCUGCACAGCCUCGUGCUGCGGCGCAACGCGUUAGGACCUGGCCUGAGCCCCGAGUUGGGGCCGCUUCCCGCGCUGCGCGUCCUCGAUCUCUCGGGAAAUGCGCUGGAGGCGCUGCCUCCGGGAGAGGGCCUGGGCCCCGCCGACCCGCCUGGCUUCCCGCAGCUACAAAGCCUCAAUCUCAGUGGCAACCGGCUACGAGAGCUGCCCGCCAACCUGGCGCGCUGCGCCCCGCGCCUGCAGAGCCUCAACCUCACCGGCAACUGCCUGGACGCCUUCCCCGUCGAGCUCUUCCAGCCCGGCGCGUUGCCUCUGCUCAGCGAGCUGGCGGCCGCCGACAACUGCCUGCGGGAGCUUAGCCCCGACAUCGCUCACCUGGCCUCGCUCAAGGUGUUGGACCUCUCUAAUAAUCAGUUGAGUGAGAUUCCUGCUGAGCUGGCAGACUGCCCCAAGCUCAAGGAGAUCAAUUUCCGAGGGAACAAGCUUCGAGACAAGCGCCUGGAGAAGAUGGUCAGCAGCUGCCAGACCAGGUCCAUCCUGGAGUACCUGCGUGUUGGGGGCCGGGGAUGCUGCCGAGGCAAGGGCAGGGCAGAAGGCUCUGAGAAAGAAGACAGCCGGAAGAAGAGGAGGGAGCGGAAGCAGAGGCGGGAGAGCGGCGAGGGGGAGGAGGAGGUGGCAGAUGUGGCCAGGCUGCUGCUCAGGGUCCUGCACGUCUCUGAGAACUCUGCACCUCUGACAGUCAGAGUGAGCCCUGAGGUCAGGGAUGUGCGGCCGUACAUCGUGGGCGCUGUCGUGAGAGGCAUGGACCUGUAUCCUGGAAACGCACUCAAGCGUUUCCUCACCUCCCAGACUAAGCUCCAUGAGGACCUCUGUGAGAAGAGGACGGCAGCCACCAUUGCGACCCAUGACCUCUGUGCUGUACGAGGGCCCCUACUGUACACAGCCCGGCCACCCCAGGACUUCAAGAUCGUCCCCUUAGGGCGGAAAGAAGUCAAAGCCAAGGAGCUGGUACGGCAGCUGCAGCUGGAGGCCGAGGAACAGAGGAAGCAGAAGAAAAGGCAGAGUGUCUCGGGGCUGCACAGAUACCUGCACUUGCUGGAUGGGAAGGAAAAUUACCCUUGUCUUGUGGAUGCAGAUGGAGAUGUGAUUUCUUUCCCGCCAAUAACAAACAGUGAGAAGACAAAGAUUAAGAAAAAAACAUGUGACUUGUUCUUGGAAGUAACAAGUGCCACCAGCCUGCAGAUCUGCAGAGACAUCAUGGACGCCCUCGUACUGAAAAUGGCAGAACUGAACAAAUACACUGUAGAAAACAAAGAGGAAGGGUCACUCUCAGAUACGGAAGCUGAUGCACUUUCUGGACAACCUUCAGAUCCCCAAAGGAACCCAAGCCCUAGGAAGGAUGGACUAUGCCCCCUGGUGGUGGAGCAGGUUCGUGUGGUGGACCUGGAGGGGAGCCUGAAGGUGGUGUACCCAUCCAAGGUGGACCUGGCUUCUGUUCCUCCCCAUGUGGCUGUGGUUCGCUGACAAGCCUGGCUACACAUCAGUGCCAGAAGGCUGUGUCACACGUGCCAUUGAUGGUUUUGCAGAGCUCAUGGGUGGUGAUGCUGAGUUAUCCAGUACCUUUCAGCUCGGUGUUUUUAAGAUGUCUGUGCUCUUUGUUCUGCCUUUCUAGGUUGUUGUUGUUAGGUGAUGCUGUGUUGUCAUUACAACACUACCCUGAUCUCACUGGUUUUCAUGGAAUUACUCAACUACUGGAAAUAACUGUUCAAAAUGUUCUGAAUCAUGUAGACACAUAGCAAAUAAUCAACAGGAAAGAAAGACACUAGAUGUGCUUUGAACGUGCAGGUGUAAAUCGGGAUGGGAAAGGAUGUGCAUUUUAUUGAACCGCGGUGAUUCUUCUAUGACAUGGCAUCUUUUUACGUCAUUUGUGCCAAUAGUGGAAGAACAUCAUGUUCCCAACUUGCAUUGAUUUUAACCUUUUUAUUUAAAAAAGUUUUUAACGUGACCUUAGAGUUGGCAGAGUUACUUUCUUGGGAUGUGGCUGUUGGGAGUGAUUGAGGGGUGGGAACUGUGCGGGGCCUUCCAGGUGAGCAGCCCCAGGUCUGCGGGCAGCACCAGGACCUGCCUCACAUGGCUAGGCCAGGUGUAGAAAUGGUGGCUGGUCAUCCCUGGUACAUCAGCCCCACAGCCACCACAGGUGUCUCUACCCAGCUCUGCAUAGAUGUGCGGGUUCCUGGGAGUGGACAGGAAGGCUCCACCUGUAGACUGUCAGCUGUUGUCAGUGACUGGGGAAGGCAUCAGGCUUUUUAACCAAAACUCAUCAAGUAUGCGUGCCAAAUGAGUGGCUCUCCAGCCUCUUAUGUUUUACAUGUAUCCCAUUCUGAACCAUGUCUGUGCAUGUGUUUGUGUGCGGUCAGCUGCAAACGGAAGCUGCCUUCCUGACCCCAUGCCUUACCAUCUGGCUGCAGGAAGAAAGACUCACUAGCCUUUGAAUUGGUGACACUGUCUUCUGUUUGAUGGUCUUUAACCUAAAUGGACAGUUUCUGUGCUCUGCAAAGACUGAUAAUCGUCUCAAGCUUUUGCAAGAGCUCCACUAGCUUCAACCUCAGAGCCAGAGCAGCUGGGGCAGAAGGUCCUUGCAAAGCUGGGUGGCUUUCCAGAGCUUCUGUAGACACACGAUGCUUUGCACUCCAGCCUGGAUGUCUGGUCCACACCAGGCCUCCACAUCAGUCCCUCUGGAGGAUGAGGGUGAUAAGGAUGAGCUUUCUUGGUGGCCUGGCUGGGCUGCCAGGCCCAGCUGUGCCUGGUGACAGCUUUUCCUCUGGUUAGCCAAACUUACCAAAUGUCUGUGUAGGUGGGUGGCCUUGGCUUGUCUCAUGACUCACUGUUGGGCUGUCAAGCUGCUGAUGUGUAUCUCUGUGAGGCCCAGGAUACCCUCCCUAGACAGGCACCUCGGCAGUUACUCAGGUUCCUUUGGGUAGCUGCAGCAGAGGGUUACCCACUGUGUGACUCAGCCCAGACAAGAGAGCCAGUCUGUCCUGUGGGCUCCCCAGGACUAGGGCUCAAUUGUUGUCAUCGUUGUCACCACACUAAUGUGGACAAAGCCACCAGCUCCUGCCGAUCUCUUUUCUGAUGCAGCCUGAUAGUGUGUGAGAUUUUGGAAAUAUUUGAAUUCACAUCAGAAAGCCUCUUUGUUCUUUUUGCCAUUCAACUCUCUAAUAAAAAACAUUUGAUAGGAAACAUCUCUGCUCCUACCCAGUAAUCCUUUCCUACUGGCGUCUUCAGAGGCCAUGGGGACCUAGGGCUUGUGCAGUCAAUGUGUGAUGCUCCUACACUCCCUGCCCAAAUCUGGACCCCCAUCAGGGUCUCCCUCUGUCUAGUUACUAGGGUGGGCCCAGCAUUCUAUCCUUCUCCUUCUCUGGGAGGGGAGCUGAAUGGCCCCUGGCAGGGUCCCAUCCAUUCUCUUCCUGUAGCUUUUAGGGCCUGAGCCCAGGGACCUGGCCUUGGAGGUUGGAGUGGGGCUGAGGCCUGAGUGGAGAUCACUGAGGUAGCUGAGUGGAUGCUGUAGGCAUUUGGAGUGCUGGCCCAUCUAGUGCCUCUGAACUUGUGUUGCAGCCCUGCAGGGGUAAUGCAAGAGCCCCAGGCCAAAAAUGGUGCUAACUGCCAGGGGUAAGCUGGCGGUGCCUAUCUGGCUUCAGGGCACAGG